AUGGCUAAGCUACUACGCGUCUGGGUACUUCUGGGAAAUAUACUGUUUUGUAUAUGCCAGGACUAUGAUGUUCAAGCAAAUUUAGGACAAGAAGAAAGUGGCGAAAAUCCAAGCUAUUCAUUUGGCUACGGAGUGUCUGAUACACAAACUGGUGACAUUAAAACUGUAUGGGAGGAAAAGCAAGGUGACACUGUUAAAGGUCACUACAGUGUGAUAGAACCAGAUGGUUCUAUGAGAACUGUAGAAUACUCAGCAGGACCAAAUACAGGUUUUACAGCAACAGUUAAUCAUGAAGACAAACAAAAUGAACCGGACAAUCCAUUAAGUAACCCAGAUUUUAUGGAAGAUAAAGCCCUUAGAGAUUACGACAGAUAUUAUGAUUUUUCCGAAGAUGCAGACCUAGAACCACCCUAUAAAAGUGAGAAGAAGCGAAAGAGAUAUCCCUAUGACAAUCCUUAUAAUGAUUACUCCCCUGGAAAGAGACAGAAAUACCCUUCAGAUUUAGAGCAAAGUGAAUACACGCACAAUAUAAACAUAAAACACCCGCAUGAUGAUAGUUAUGAUGGUCCCGCUCACAGUCACAUGAGUUACAGUACGGACCCCAACUGUAAUAAAAAGCAUAAGCCAGACGGUUAUUACGGUAACAUCGCUGAUUUAGAUUUCCGAAAACAAAAGUAUCCACCCAUUCCUGACGCCGUCAAGUAUGACGGUGAAAAAUACAAAUCUGAAGCGUCAUCUAUCGAUUCAGAAAAAUACAUCAACAGUUACAAAUACAAUUCUUUUAAACCAAUAAAGCCUGAUGAUUACAAUGAUCCUCAACCGAAAUAUGGAUACCCCAACUUUCAUGAUAUCCCGCCCCCUGAAAGCACUUACUCCGAUUAUAUUCCACCACGACCAAAGAAAAAGUAUAGGCCACCUAUUAGGGCACCUGAACCAUUUGAUCCUGAAAAUCUAGAUGAUUACGUCUUAGUGCCAAAGAGGAAACUAAAAAAGCCACCGCGAUAUGACGACUAUCAGCCAGAGCCGGAGGAAGAUUUCGAUCAGCGCAUACCCUACACAUCAUAUGAUGACGAAUUCGAAGACGACCGAUACGCGAAACCCUUUCGAGGACCUACUGGGAGUCAGAAGGAAGAGAAGGUUGUAAAGAAAAUCGUGAAGAAGAAACCGAUAAUUAAUAUUUUAGAUAUAUUUGAUAUAUAA